GGGUGGUCCAGAACAGGGGGGUAAAAUUUCAUAGUGCACUGAUCCUUUCUCCACACCACUGAUUGUUUUCGUGUUGCAUUCCUCUCCUUGUGUGCAAAAUUUCAUCACAAUACAAUGAUAUUUAGAGGUCGCCCCACUUUUAAUCUUUUCAUUUUUCUUCUUAUUUUCUGGAUAUGGCAACCAGUAAUCGUUCGAGCCCCGAGUGUUGGCUUCUCGGGAAGCCUGUUGAUUCCCUGUCAUGUGCCCGACUUCCAAGAAAGCGGGAUGUGCUGUCAUUGUACCUGUUCCAUCACGUCGUGGAAAAGAAGACCGUCAUGGAAGGCCUGAACUUGGCAUGUGGCAAGGUCCUCACCGUAUGGGAGAGGGCCAGGAUCCCGACACAGCGGGUGGAUGCUUGCGUCAGGAAACUUCGAGGAAUCCACGACAAAUACCAAGCGCUCAAGAAACACCGGACUCGUGGGCGAGAGUCGGACCGUGUCAAGGAGAAGAUGUUCCUGGAUGACCUUCAGGAUCUCUUCGAUGUUGCCACAAGCGAUGCCCUCCAGACCAUGACCAACGAAGAAGACAAGGAGUUCCUCAAGAUGCAGCGUGAGGACGUCUUCUCGUGCAGCAUUGCAGGGAUCGACGCAAAGAAAUCUGGAGUCGAGGCCAGGCGUUGGAAGAGAAAUGAGCAAGAAGCUGCUCUCAAGCGGAGAUACGACGAACGAGAGGCCAAAGUUCAAGGGGCCGCUGCUGCCUUCAGUUCCAGCUCCACAUCGUCGGAGGAGUCACAGGCUGAUGACGACUACCGACCUUCAACUUCUGCCUGUACAUCUGGUUUUCCUGCAAAGAGGCCCAAGAACAUCUUCACAUCUCCUGAAGUCGUCGGCGCCUUAGAUAGAGUCAAUCUCCCAGAUCGUGGUGCUGCGUUCGUCACUGGCGCUGUUGCACAAGCCCUGGGCCACGAUAUUUCUGAUCUGACGUUGUCCCGAAGUUCUAUACGGCGGUCGCGUAGUCACACACGCCAAAUCCAAGAUGAAGAAGCACGGAAGAAGUUUCACGCAGCUGGUCCCCUUCUCCUGCAUUGGGACGGGAAAAUGCUGCAGGAGAUGCGAGGGAAGACAGUGGAGAGGGUUGCGAUUCUGGUAACCGGUCAAGGAUUCGAGAAGUUGCUGGGUAUUCCAAGCGCUGCACGAAGUACUGGAGAAGCUCAGGCUGCAGCGUGUCUGGAAUUGCUUGAGUCUUGGAAGAUUCGCGAUGAAGUAGUCGGAUUGGUCUUCGAUACAACUGCAAGCAACACUGGCCUCCACAAGGGCGCAUGCGUCCGGAUCGAAGAAGGUCUUGAAAGGGAGUUGGCGAUGUUGGCAUGCCGCCAUCAUGUGUUGGAGAUUGUUUUCUCUGACGUCUUUCGAGUCGUCUUUGGGGACACUGGAGGUCCGGAAGUCGCCCUUUUCAAGCGUUUCCAGAAGGAGUGGCCGACCAUCAACCAGCAAGAGUACACAGUGGCUGAGGAUACCCUCUUCGAAGGACAUCUGGAGCAGCUCCGCUCCCAGAUGAAGGAUUACCUGGCAUCUGCCCUGGCUGAUCCAACGAAGUGUCCGCGCGAGGACUACUUCGAGUUCCUGCAGCUCGCAGCCCUGUUCCUCGGAGGGGGCACAACGACUCAACCAUCGUUUCGCGCCCCUGGUGCCAUCCACCACGCGAGGUGGAUGUCAAAGGGCAUCUACUGCCUCAAGAUGUUCCUGUUCCGACACCAGUUCAAGACAACGAAACGAGAGGAGCGGAAUGUGACUGUCAUGGCGCUGUUCAUUGCCCUGGUGUAUGUCCGCUUUUGGCACGAAGCUCCUCUGUCAUCCCACGCCCCACACAACGACAUCAUGAUGCUGACUGAACUCCAGAAGUACACAAACCAGAUAAACGUCGCUGCAACCGCGAGCAAUGCCCUCCAACGGCAUCUCUGGUACUUGGCGUAA